CCAAGACCUUGAGCACUUGAAUGAAUACUUCGUGGUGCAAGAUCUUCACCUUCCCUUUUAAUAUAUUUUCAACUCGUAAACGAAAAAACUUUCUCUAAAAUAGGAACUUUAAGUCAAAGGAAGAGAUCAACUGCUGAAUCUUCUUGCCUUAAAAGCUUGCAUUAAUAAAGAAUUACAGUGCAAUAAUACUGAUCACCAACGAUAUCUCGAGAUGCAACAAGACGAAGCAGGUGGCGAAUCUUCCAAUGUCAAAGAUUCAGAAAGAGAGAAAGAACAGAACAUCAUGAAAUCUCUACCGAGCCGUCAAAUCGCUUCGUGGAAGCUAAAGAUUAAAAAACGCAAAAGCGAAUUGAGAAAACAAAAGAGCUACAAUGGAAAGAUGUACAUGCCUGUUGAAGAUGAUAUCCCGGACGAUUCAGCGUUUUUGGAUGUCGGGGAUGAAUCACUUGCAAAAAAGGGGGAGCUUAAUACCAAACCUCUGGCCGGGAGACUGAAAGAAAGGCGACUCCUAAGGAGUGCUUCGGUGGAGGCUUCUUUUUAUUCGGUGUCAUUCUUUACAGCAUUAAGAUACGGUAUAGCUAUGUCUUUGAAGAUAACGUACAACAAAGUGGUUGACUUCUUGAAGAUGUUCGAACUGUGGAGAGGACACUUUAAAGAAAUCGAAGGAUCUUUUGGCAAUGGCAUUCUCUCCUACUUUACCUUCCUCAAAUGGCUUCUCAACAUCAAUAUCUUCAUUUUCAUCCUGUCGUUAGCCUUCAUCGUUAUCCCACAAGCCGUGCAUAAGAGGGAGAGACCUGCAUUCCUAGUCACUGCUCCGCUAACCAACACCUCGUUAAAUGAGUCCCGUACACCCACACCUGCUACCGUGGAAACAGAGGCACAACUGGAUGAAUGGAAACUUUCUAGUUUCCUUGGUGCCAAUACGAGUGCGUUUGCAUGGAAAAAGGAAUGUCACAUGAAGAAACCCAGUGGUAACUAUGGCAACCAUCAUGUGGGGCACUUAGUGAGCGAUUUUAUGCAGGGAGUGGGAUGGAUAAACACCACCUUAAUGUACUACGGUAGCUUCUCAUCUCGUAUUCUUGUCAUGCCCACUGGUUCCUUCUACAACAUGCCGCUGGCCUAUUUUACCGUCAGUUCUCUCAGCUUUCUUUUAGUUCUUUUAUUAACACUUUGGAGCGCAUCAAGCAUCAUCGAGGAUAGUUACGUCAAAGAGGGAGUCAAACAUUACAACAGCUACUGCAACAAAGUGUUCGGUGGAUGGGACAUGUGUAUCAGCGAUGAGGAAGCAGCCAUUCUUAAGACGAAGAGCUUUGUCAAUGAGCUGGAGGGUGAUUUAGCAGAAGAUCUACGGCUCACAAACCUGGCAAAAAGAACCCGCAAUGAAAGGAUCAAGAUCUACUUGAUACGAAUCACAAUCAACACCAUAGUGAUUUUACUGUCUAUUGGUUCUGGAUGGGCUAUUUAUAAAGCAGCUCAGCUCUCUCUAAAGACGGCUCAAGCGACGAACCCCAACGCUAAAGAAUCAAGCAAGAUCGAAAUGAUUUCUCUCUUGAAGAGCUACACUUUACCCAUCACGCUCACCCUCAUCAAUUCCGUCCUACCAAACCUGUUCUACUUCCUGUCUCGACUGGAGGAUUGGAACCCACGAGUGAGAGUUAAUAUUGAUUUAGCAAGAACAAUACUCCUCAAACUGGCAUCAGUCGCUGUCUUGAUGGUUUCGUUGUUCCAAAAAAUACARACAUAUUGUAUGCUGUGUUGGGAGAAUGCUAUCGCAGCUGAGAUGUACAAACUUAUUUGGAUGGACUUCUUUGUUGUUGUCGCUGUGGUAAUAACAGUCCACACACCAAGAAGGUACGCGUCCGAACGGUUGGACUUUGGUAUUAAACUUGGAGAGAAAAUUGGCCGUCCUAUCUUCAGUAUACCUCAGAAUGUUCUGGAACUGGUGUAUGCCCAGUGCUUGAUAUGGAUUGGGAUGUGGUACAGUCCGAUGCUAACGUUAAUGGGAACCAUUAAAUUUUUCAUUCUCUUCUACGUCAAAAAGAUGACAUUGAAGUACAAUUGUCGCUCAGAAGACAAAGCAUACCGCGCAGGGAAAUCCAACUACUUUUUCAUGUUGUUGCUAUUAGUAACAUUUUUCCUGUGUGUGGCAGCAGUCGUAUAUGGAAUUACGCAGGUUCAUCCAUCGCUUCUGUACGGCCCUUUUAGAGGUCUUAAUCGAAUGUACAAGAUAGUAUAUCUUACGAUACUUACAUUACCGAUUGGAUUUCAAGACCUUUUUCAAGUCGUCCAGUCUCCUGUUUUUGUUAUUGUGGUCGUGCUUCUCAUAUGUCUUGGGUUAUAUUUCUUCUACGCCACAGCGAAGGUUUACUAUCGAAUGAUCUCCGAGCUGAGAGAAGAACUCUCUAUGGAAACAAAAGACAAGAAGUUCCUUCUAAAACGAUUGACAACAUCUACAUAAUCCCAAAAUGUUCUAGAAAGAAUCAAAUGGAAAAAUAUGGGGUUAGACUUUGACUGUAAGAAACAGACCUUCUAAGGGGCGAGGUCAAAACAAUGGUCCUAUAAAUAGGGACCCGAUUUUGUGAAUUAAGGUGGUGGGUACCGAUAUAUACCCCCUCCCCCGUCAGAGACCUGUUUAAAUGCUCGAUACUGAGGGUCUGUAGUGGCAAGUUCUAUACACAAAUUUGUUUUUUAGCAUACAUGCAGACAGACAGUCCAUUCAUUUCUGUGAUUUGGCUUUUAGUUUUGGAGAUAUUUGGGGACAAAAUCUAAGAUUUCACUUCCAGAGGUGGUGGG